AUGGAUGAGUUUCCAUGUAAGACCUCUGAGAAGUCCAGCCCCAGCUUCCCGGAGGAUGCAGACUAUGAUGAAGAGCAACUCCCUGGCUAUACUCAAUCUGAGCCUCAUGAAAAUCCUCAGUCUGCUGAAUCUCCUAUUGAUAAAUUGUCCAGUGAUGUUACGUUGGUGGCCGAUGAGGAGGAUGACGAAAUGGAGGGUAUAAAGCCCUUGGCUUCAAACCUUGACAGUCCCAAACCCAACAUUGACAUGGGCGACAAAAAGGUGCAUUGGACCACACGUCAUGUACAGCUGUUACUUAAUCGUGUUGAGGAGCAUCUUAAUGAGUUUAACGUUCAGAAGAAACACAAGUCCGUCUGGCAAGCAAUUGGGGCCGAAAUGGAACCUUAUGGUUUUACUACCGAACACUGCUACAAUAAGUGGAAGAAUCUCCGGCGUGAUGUUCGUCUUUUAGUCAAUAAUCCCUCGAAGGUUGUUAGAAACGCUGCGAUCCUUCGUCAGGUUGCUCGCCUCAUCCUUGUUAUAUAUCCUAACGUUGAUGCUAGUACAAUGCAGGUUUGUGACAGAAGCGGCAUAAAAUCGCUGCCCGCCACCCCCGGAGGUCAGGGUUGUGCUAAUAAAACUACUACCGUUGAUGUCCAUUAUAGUGGCUUUAAUUCUCCCCAUGGCAAAUUAAGCAAUGGUACUCCCCCUCGCCCCAAUAAUUCCCUCUAUGCUGGGGCUGGUCCAGUUAAUGUCCAUUCCACUCCUAGCAGUGUUGAGAAGAGCUUUUGCAGCGCUGCUAAAUCGGGAAACGUUCCAGCUACAGCUCUCUUCGUCGACUCGCUUUCUAAUGGUGAUAAAAUGCAGAGUAUGUUUAAUCAGUGUCCCCAUUCCGAACCGGACUCGACUGGUCACUUCCAAUUGCCCUUCAAUCAGACGGCUGCAGCCCUGUUUUUUCAGUCUCAGUUAUUUUCCGACCUGGUUAAACAACAACAAUUGAAAAAUCAGAUGGAUUCCAAGUCUCAGGAUCAGGUUCAUGACCUCUCAGCCACCCAGAAUGGCUCUUCCAAUACCUUUAGCAUUCUCCAGCAGGCGCUCUCAAACUCGCCCUGUAGCGACCUAAAUGCCCUCUCCGUUAUCACCACUAACCUAAUAAAUAGUAUGGCAGGCUUGACUCCGCAGGUGAACGAAUCAGAAUGCCCAAGUGCGAAUAGUAACAACGGCAACAACACAAUCUCAGCAAACAGUACCAAUGCCAAUCCCCUCUUAGGUCUAUUCCCUAACAUACCCCUUAGCCUCCUAGAGCGAUUUGCUCCCAAUAGUUGUGAAAUCACGGAAAUAAUCGAAAGUUUACGUGCAGAGGAUGACGCUCAGUUUCGUGUGGCUGAUAUGAUGUCAGACGCUGCUGAACAGCUACGCAGGGCCUGUCAAAGGCGACAAGCGGCAUUGGACAAACUCCUUGAUUUGGUCAAGAGGCAAGCUAACGGUGGGAGCUCCGCCAGUGAUACGGGUAAUGUCACUUAG